AUGACAUCCACUAUACAGCUCGCCGGGUACGCCUUCGUACUGUACGUAGGGUGGCGGCUCCUCCGUCCAUUCAUUUCCAAGUCACCCCUGGAUAAUAUACCUGGGGUUGCCAACGACUCCUUCCUUUCGGGUAACAUUUCAUCUAUAUUCCACCCACGCAAAGGGUGGGCCUUUCAGAAGCGGCAAGCGGAAUUCGGUCGGGUGUCCACCCUCUACGGGUUAUUCGGGACCAAGCUAUUAUUCACAUACGACCCGCGCGCUCUGCACGCCAUAUACGUGAAGGAGCAAGAUGUAUACGAGGAGAGCGACAUCCUGCUCUCGAGCUUCGGACUGUACCUUGGUCCCGGGCUGCUCGCCACAGUGGGGGACCAGCAUCGUCGGCAGCGCAAAAUGCUAAACCCGUUGUUCUCGGCGAAGCACCUGCGCGAGAUGACGCCGAUCUUCACGGGGAUCAUCCACAAGCUCGAGGACGCGAUCACCGCGCGAGUCAAGAACGGCGUGCAGGAGAUCGACGUGCUCAACUGGAUGGGGCGGACCGCGCUCGAGCUCAUCGGGCAGGGUGGCCUGGGGCACUCGUUCGACCCGCUCACCGAGGACGUCGCGGACGAGUUCGCGGAUUCCGUCAAGGCAUACUUCCCGGUGCAGUCCCAGAUUAACAUCAUCGUGCGGCAAACCCUGCAUAUCCUCGUGCGCAUUGGGCCGGCUGCGUUCCGCCGAAAGGUCGUGGAGAUGCUCCCGCGCGAGGGCGCGUCGCAGCAUAUGAUGCGCAUCAGCGACGCGCUCACUGCGCGGUCGCUCAAGAUCGUGAACGAGAAGAAGCGGGCGCUGCAGCAGGGCGAUGCGGCGCUGAAGCAGCAGGUCGGCGAGGGCAAGGACAUCAUGAGUGUGCUGCUGCGAGAGAACAUGCGGGCCGCGGAAGAGGACCGGCUUUCAGACGAAGAAGUCGUUGCCCAGGUUUCUACACUCGUGCUAGCUGCGAUGGACACGACGUCCAACGCGCUCGCUCGGAUAUUCUACCUGCUGUGUGAGCACCCGGAUGUCCAGCAGAAGCUGCGCGAGGAGAUCAUCCAGGCACGCGACGACGGCACCGGAAAGCUGCGUGACCUUGACUAUGACGAGGUGAUGGAGCUCCCCUACCUCGACGCAGUAUGCCGCGAGACUCUGCGACGGUUCCCGCCUGUCGUCGGCCUCUUCCGAGUAGUACGCAAGGACUCGGUUCUGCCGCUCUCUGCCCCCAUUCGCGGACUCGAUGGCACGAUGAUUGACGCAAUCCCCGUUAAGAAGGGCAUGAACGUCAUCACGAACAUCCAGGCCAGCAACAACAAUCCCGAGCUUUGGGGCCCGGACGCGGACGAGUGGAAGCCGGAGCGGUGGAUGAACCCGCUGCCCCGUGCGCUCGAGGAGGCGCACAUACCCGGGGUCUAUUCACAUCUGAUGACGUUCAUUGGAGGUGCGCGCGCAUGCAUCGGCUUCAAGUUCUCGCAACUGGAGAUGAAGGUCGUCCUCGCGACUCUCAUUCCUGCUUUCAGCUUCGAUCUUACGGACAAGCCCAUCGAGUGGAACGCCGCAGGGGUCACGUAUCCGUCUAUUGGGGACAGCUUUAAGCCAGAGAUGCCGCUCCGUGUC